AUGGAAAUAGAGUGCGAAGACUUGAAUACUCUCUAAAUAGCUAGUCUAACGCUCUAAGACAGAGUAAUUCAAGACACAACAGCUUAAGGUGUAACAGAGAAUAUCUAUGAUUACCUUAACCUUUCAGAUUCCCCUUAGGAAAGAGAAGGCUCGUAUGAUAUAUUCGAGGAAACCUUUGAUGUGAAAACUAAAAAAGACAACUUCAUUAUAAAAAAAAAUUGUCACUAUGAAUAUCAAUGUGGAUAUUGUGGAAGAAUUUUUCCUUCAUCACAGAGUCUCGGAGGACAUGUUCAAAAGAACCACAGAACAACUAGGAAUUUGGAAAACCGCAAUCAAACAAUCUAAUUGAGAUAAAGACCUACUAGAUUUGUCUAACAUAGAAUUUGA